AUGGCUAAUGAGGAGGAGAAAGAACUUGGAAUUUCUAAAUACAUAGAGGAUGUUGAUGAUGUUGUUAUUGGUUGCAAGUGCUGGGUUGAAAAAGAUGGAGAACAACGUUUAGCAGAAAUUUUAUCAAUCAGCAACAGAAGACAACCUCCAAAGUUUUAUGUUCAUUAUGAAGACUUCAACAAGAGAUUGGAUGAGUGGAUUUUAUCUUCGAGGAUAAAUUUUAAACGAGAAGUGACAUAUCCCAAACCAAAAGAUCCAGAUGAAAAGAAGAAGAAGAAACAGAAGAAGAGUACAACUCCGCAAGUUAUAGAGGGAGAGACUCCCGAUGAAGCAGAUAUUAUGGAUUUAGAGAACUUGAAUGUUCAAGGUUUACGAGAUGAAGGAAUAAGUAGAGACGAUGAGCUCAAAAAGUUGAGGACUUCCGGCUCUAUGACACAGAAUCCGCAUGAAGUGGCUCGGGUGAGAAAUUUAAGCAAGAUAAUUAUGGGGAAACAUGAGAUAGAGCCAUGGUAUUUUUCCCCAUAUCCCAUCGAACUUACCGAUGAAGAUGUGGUAUACAUUGAUGAUUUUUCGUUGCAGUAUUUUGGAUCCAAAAAGCAAUAUGAAAGGUAUAGAACUAAGUGUACUCUACGACAUCCUCCAGGAAAUGAGAUUUACCGAGAUGACUACAUUUCAUUUUUUGAAAUAGAUGGUAGGAAACAAAGAACGUGGUGCAGAAACCUAUGUCUGUUAUCAAAGCUAUUCUUAGAUCAUAAAACAUUAUACUAUGAUGUUGAUCCGUUCCUAUUUUAUUGUAUGACCCAUAGAGAUGAUUUGGGACAUCAUUUAGUUGGUUACUUUUCCAAGGAAAAGGAAUCUGCAGACGGUUAUAACGUUGCAUGCAUCUUAACAUUACCUCAAUACCAAAGAAUGGGUUAUGGCCGCCUGCUAAUCGAGUUUUCGUAUGAGUUAUCUAAAAAGGAAAACAAAGUUGGAUCCCCAGAAAAACCGUUAUCUGAUCUGGGACUCCUUUCGUAUAGAGCAUAUUGGUCGGAUACAUUAAUCAAAUUACUAGUAGAAAACGGAUCUGAAGUUACGAUUGAUGAAAUCAGCAACAUGACUUCUAUGACCACAACAGAUAUAUUGCACACUGCAAAAGCUUUGAAUAUUCUGCUAUAUUACAAGGGCCAACAUAUACUUUUCCUCAAUGAAGAUGUAUUGCUGCAAUAUGAAAAGUUGCUGGCCAAGAAGAAAAGGUCAAUAAACCCCGAAAGGUUGAUGUGGAAACCGCCUGUUUUUACCGCGUCUCAAUUAAGAUUUGCUUGGUAA